AUGCUAGGAACGGCUCGUGGUGUCUCACUAGGUUUGGGAAAAAUAAACCUAGCAGCCUUAGACUCUAGUUUACGAAAUCGAGACGGUUACUUACAAGCUAGACGAAGGCGAGAAAAAAGUCGUCGACACAAAACUACAACCAAGAAGUACAUUCAUAUUGAGGAGGCAUCAAGAAUAGGAAGGAUUAGACCGCUUGAUUUGACAGCAAUAAGUUAUACUCAGAUGCACUCUUUUCUACUUGAACGGUGCUCGAUGAGCACUGCUUGCGGUAAAUAG